GGAUUGAUAAUGCAAUAUAGGGUGAAGUAUAGGAAAUUAAAUGUGAUGGAAGCAAAUAUUUUGGUUAAUUUUCAAAUGGGAAAAAGGAGGGAGGUAUUUUAAUUUUGAGUGAUGGCUCGAAGUAUGAAAAUUUAUAUUUUAGAUAUGAAGGUUAGUUCUAAAAGAAAGCAUUUCAUGGACAAGGAACUUUUAAUGGAAUGAUGGCUCACUCUUUACAGAAAUUUUACAAAAGGAUAAAUUUUAGGAUUUGGUUAGUAUAUGAAUAGUAAUGGAAUUUAAAUGAUUGGUUAUGUAUUAAAGAGAUAUAUUUAAAGUUUACAGAAUUGAAAUAGUCAAGUGGAGAUAGAUUAGAAAUAAAUUAGUAUUUGCAAACAAUAGUAUUUGUUAACUAGUGCAACUAAACUUUAAUUAUUGAUAAAACUCGU